AUGGGUUUUGAAUAUACAGGUAAUGGAGAUACAGCUAGAUGCAAAGACUGUGGACUUGAAGUGUCUGAUUGGAUAUUGGAUAUGAAUCCAUUUACUAUUCAUUCGAAGCAACGACCUGAUUGUCCAUUCAUACUUUCUCUAGUAACAAACUCACAACUAAAUAUACGUGAGUCUUUCAUUUCGUCAAGAACAACUGUUCGAAAUGCAUCUAUAGUAACUGUAGGAGAACAUGUUUCUAAACGUCAAAAAUUAGACACAAUAGAUUUUCGAUCUGUACUAAAUACUUUAUUCGAAAGUAAUUCUCUUCAACAAAUAAGAAGACGUACAUUUUCUCAUUGGCCACAUCACGCUGUUCCUUCAAGUGCAGAAAUGAUUGAAGCUGGAUUUUUUAAUUGUAAUGUUGGUGAUCGUGUAAUAUGCAUCUAUUGCCAUAUUAUUUGUCAACAAUGGACACCACAUGUUGAUGAUCCACGUGAAUUACAUAAAACUCUCUCACCUAAUUGUAUAUAUGUCAAAGCAAAAUUAAUGAAUCCUACACAAUCAUCAAUAGUUAUUAUUAAUGAACAAUCAUCAACGACAACAACUACAGACAUUCAUUCAUCACAAACAAAUAAUCUCGAUUCAUUACGAUCAAAUUAUGUUGUCUUCAGAACACCAUGUAAUCCUAAUUUUUCAGAAAUACCAAAACAUUAUGCAUCAUUUACUACAUGGUCUAAUGAAAAUUCACCGUCGGUGGAUACAUUGGUUCAAGCAGGAUUUUUCUAUUCAGGUAGAGCAACAAUAGUGACUUGUUUUUAUUGCAAUGAAUCAUUAAAAAAUUGGGGUUCUAAUGAUAAUCCAAUAAUUGAACAUGCUCGCUGGUUUCCAUGCUGUCCAUAUGCAAAACAAUUAUGUGGCGAAGAUUUAUUUCGUAAAAUUCAAGAAUCCAAACGAAUACAGAAAGAGCAGGCAAAAUCUAAAACCUCAACAGAAAGAACAGGUUCAAAUGAUAUGAUACAAACUAAUGUAACAACAAAUAGUGGUACAUUAUUGAUACCUAAUGAAAGUACUUUAUCAAGAUUUGUCGCUGCACGAUUAGACUUGUCGAUAUCACAACGUUUAUUGGAUCAAGGUUUUCAAUUGUCUAUUAUAAAACGUGAUGAUUUUGUAUCUGACAAUGAUUUGUAUGUUGCUUGUAUAAUUCUUCGAAAACCAAUUGAAUAUAUUAAUGAGACAAAAAUGAAUAAAUCAAUGUCAAUUGUAUCUAAUGCUGUUCACUCUAUAGUAGAAAAUGAUACAGAUGUUGAAAUGACAACAUCUUCUCAAUCUUCAAUUAAAUCAAUAAGUAAUGAUGAUGAAUAUAAAACAGAAAAAACUACUAUCAAUGAUCGAAGUCAAUCAACUAAUUCAACAUCAUCAAAUCCAUGUGUUCUUUGUCUGACAAAAGAAAAACAAUUAGCUUGUAUACCAUGUGGUCAUAUGGUUACAUGUGUUGCAUGUGGUCAUUCGUUGCGUUUAUGUCCAAUAUGUCGACGAGAAAUCAAUGCAUUUGCUAGAAUUUAUAUUUAA